AUGGCAAGUCUUGAAGUGGAUGAGAAUGGAGUAAGGUUUUCUGCUAAUGGUGUUGCUUUAACCAAGAAAGUUGUUGAGACUGAAACUGUGGUAGAGUCUGCUAUUGAUACCACCCCUGGUCUUGUUAAUAUGGAGAAAAAAGAAAAUGGUGUGUGUGUUGAAGAUUUUUUCAUGGGGUCUCCAGUUAAUCUGAACGGUGUUAUGAACAACACUGAAAAUUCGAAAGAAGGUAUGAAAAAGUGUUCUGCUGAAUCUAAUCUUCAUGCAAAUGUGAAAAAACAGAGGAACAAUAAUGCCGAAAAAAAUCGUCGUGACUUUCGUGUGGGCGAUUUCGUGUGGGGUAAAAUCAAGAGCCAUCCAUGGUGGCCUGGCCAGAUAUACUCUCCAAGCGAUGCCUCGGAAAUUGCCGUCAAACAUAGCCAAGAGUCUCGUUUGCUGGUGGCCUUCUUUGGCGAUGGCUCCUGUUCUUGGUGCUUGCCUUCCCAGCUCGUGCCCUUUGUUGAAAAUUUCAAACGAUUGUCAACUGAAAGCUCGACUAAAAUCUUCCAUAACGCGAUACAUUGUGCUUUGAACGAUGUGGGAAGGCUCGUUGAGCUCAGCAUGACUUGCGAUUGUGUGCCUUUGGAUAAAAGAGAUGGGCUCGCUCGACCCAUUGUGUCUAAUGCUGGGGUUAAGAAAGGUGUUCUUGUGCCGAAUGUCGACAUUGGCCGAAUUCAUGUGCCCGAUUAUGGGUCAACUCAAAUUCUUGAUAAAUUGAUGAGUUUUGCUAAGUGUGAUUUGUUUGACUCGUUUUUGGAGCUUGCAGUCUUGAAAAGUUGGCUUUCCGCAUUUUAUCGUUCAAGGGGUUGUCACAAUUUGCCCGUUUAUUAUGAGCCCGUUUGGAUUGAAGGGCUCGAGGAUAAGAACAAAUCCGUGAAGGACCCAUCUGGUGAAGAUUUUAGUGUCCUCAUCGAGGUGCCUAUUCUGGGCCCACAGAAGAGUGUUGCAAAGCUUAUGGGAAAGAGAGCCAAAGAGAGCAUUUGGGAUGGAGGUAAAAGUGAGGAUAGAGUGAAAAUGGGUUCUUUACCUGGAAAAUUAAAGGAAAUCGAAGUUGGAGCUGGUGAGAGUAUUUCGUGUGAUGAAAUUCGAAUGAUAUCUUCGCCGAGGGAAAGGAAGAAGAGCAAGUAUCUGUCUCCUCCUUAUACGAAUCCCAGCUGCUUUAGUCUUGCAAAUUUCGGGUCUAAUGUGAAAUCGGGAUCUGAUAAAUCUAACAAGAGAGAGCAUUCUAAAAAAGCCAUAACUGGGGGAAAGAAAAGAAAAACGUCGAAAAAUCAAGAAAAUGGUGUCACCCCAAAAAAGGCAAAAUCAGCUGAUGGCACGGAAAUGCCCAAAGCAGUGAAGAACUUGGAAGGAAGUGCCUCUACGUGCCUGCUUGUGACGUUCACUCCUGAAUUUCCACUUCCCAAAAAGGAAGAAAUCGUGAGGCUCUUUGGUAAAUUCGGCAGACUUAACGAAAAUGAAACUAACGUGUUGACCGAGUCUCAUGCAGUUCGUAUCGUCUACACAAAGGAAUAUGAUGCUGAAAUAGCGUUUAUAUUAUCUGUUAGAGAAAGCCCAUUUGACUUAGACAAUGUUAGUUACUGGUUGAAGCAUUCUUCUUCGGGCGGCACAAAUUCCGAGCCCUUUAUUUCUCCGUGGGCUUAUGAUAAAUCGUGCUCUUCUCAACAGGUGGAUGAAUUUAUGGUGGAUGUAAGGGCUAUCAGGCAAAAACUCGAGAUAAUGAGUGCUAUUCUGGAAAACUAUCAUCCCAAAUUUCCGAGUGAGGAAAAAUCCGGUUUGAAAGAUGACGUGAAGCAGCUGAUGGAGAAUGUGGAGACGGUGAGUGAUAAGGUACGAUUGAUGGCUGAGAAUACCAUUACCACUUCUUGA